AUGAGAUCACUUCUUAUGUACGAGCUUGCUAAUGAUGAACUCAAGGUUUCCAUUGCCAAAAAGGGAGCCGAGUUAUCAAGUAUAAUUGAUAAGAAAACAGGCCGUGAAUAUGUUUGGACAGCAAAUCCUCAAUAUUGGAACCGCCAUGCCCCCAUUCUUUUCCCAUUAGUUGGAAGUGUAUGGAAUGGUGAAUAUCAUGUAGAUGGUGCUUUAUACAAACUUGGCCAACACGGCUUUGCACGCGACCGCGAAUUCGACUUCAUCGGAAUUGAAGGAAACAAGGCUUCAUUCAAGCUCUCCAGCAAUGAUGAAACAAAGGCCUUAUUCCCAUUUGACUUCGUUUUGAAAGUUGUAUACGAAUUGAAUGGAAAAGUCCUCAGAGUUCACUGGAUUGUUGAAAACCCAUCAGAUAAGACACUCUACUUCCAAGUUGGUGGCCAUCCAGGCUUCAAUUAUCCAGAUUUCAAACCAGAAGAUGAAAUCCACGGCUAUUUCAAGAUGAACACUAACCAUCUUAACUACAAACUCAUCGGAUCAAAGGGAUGCCUUGAUGUUGAUCAUUCCUACACAUUCGACGCUGGCAAUGACGGAUACUACCCAAUCAACCCACAUUUAUUUGAUAAGGAUGCCUUAGUUAUUGAAAACAGCCAGGUUACAUCAAUCACCCUUUGCGAUAAGGAGAAGAAACCAUACAUCACUAUGAAAUACGAUGCUCCAGUCACAGGAAUCUGGUCUCCAACAAACAAGAAUGCUCCAUUCGUCUGCAUCGAGCCAUGGUAUGGUCGCUGCGAUCGCGUUGAGUUCAAAGGUGAUUACAGCCAAAAAGACUGGAUCAACAAACUUGACGCACACAAGGUCUUUGAGACAUCUUACACUAUCGAAGUUGAAUAUUAA